AUGACUACUUGCAACACCACGCAGGGCCAUCCUUCUUUCUUCAUUCUCCAAGGCAUUCCUGGGAUGGAAGACAAACACAGGUGGAUGUCUAUCCCCUUCUCCUCCAUGUACUUUGUCACCGUGAUUGGGAACUGCACGAUCCUUUUCACCAUCUCCACAGAGCGCUCCCUGCAUAAGCCCAUGUUCCUGCUCCUCUGCCUGUUAGCUCUCACGGACCUGGGCAUGUCCACAACCACCAUUCCCAAGGUGCUGUGCAUUUUCUGGUUUGCCCAAAGUGAGAUCAGCUACCAAGGCUGCCUGGUUCAGCUGUUUUUCAUCCACUCCAUCUCUGCCAUGCAGUCAUCUGUACUGAUGACCAUGGCCUUUGACCGCUAUGUGGCCAUCUGUGAGCCCCUACACUAUGCCACCAUCCUUUCCAAUAGUCGUGUUGGGCUCAUUGGCCUAGUGAGUUUGGCAAGAGCCAUCCUCUUUAUUCUCCCCAUGCCCAUCCUCCUCCAGCGGAUGCCCUAUCAUACCAAUCGCAUCAUCCCUACCACCUACUGUGAGCACAUGGCUGUGGUAAAGAUGGUUUGUGUGGAUACCACAGUCAACCGGAUAUAUGGUCUGGUGGUGGCCUUGCUGGUUGCUGGGCUGGACCUCUCAGCUAUUGCUUCAUCUUAUGUGCUGAUCAUCCGGGCUAUAAUGCGUCUCUCUUCUAAGGAAGCCCACCACAAAGCAGUCAACACAUGCACCACACACAUCUGUGUCAUGCUUAUUUCUUACACUCCCUCACUCUUCUCUUUUCUCACUCACCGCUUUGGCCGAGGCAUUCCACCCCAUGUCCACACCAUUCUUGGCAACCUCUACUUCCUUGUACCGCCAAUGCUCAAUCCUAUAAUUUAUGGAGUGAAAACUAAGGAAUUUCGGGACAAAGUGACCAAAUAUGGUUGCUGGAGGAAAGAGCCCAUAACAGUCCAUGGUCAGAAACUUGUCUGA